GGGCUCCAUUCAAUGCCCAUUGCAUAAAUCUGUAGGAACAAUCUAGAAACUAUGGCAGUAUCAGCUGUUGCUGAUGCAAAUGCUGCAGCCGUCCCUAUAACAAUGAUUUGCCUGGCAUAGCAAUUUAAUGUGAAACAUAUAAAUCGUGCUCAUUGAGCUUUCAAUACACAGCAAACAUCAAGAGGAAUGAAGUAAGCCCCAAACAUGGACAGGAUGGGAAAAAUUGUGUUUUAUGAGGACAGAAAUUUCCAGGGACGUUCCUUCGAGUGCAGCAUGGACUGCCCGGAGCUGUCAUCCCAUUUUAGCCGCUGUAACUCCAUCCGAGUGGAGAGUGGGUCCUGGGUUUUGUAUGAGCGUCCCAACUUCAUGGGCAAUCAAUAUAUUCUAACCAGAGGAGAGUAUCCGGAUUACCAGCGCUGGAUGGGCUUCAAUGACUCCAUCAGGUCUUGUCGUAUGGUGAGAAAUAACACUGGCAUUCACCAUAUUCGUCUAUACGAGCGCCCUGACUUCCAGGGUCAGACUGUGGAGUGCGCUGAGGACUGGCCCUCAGUCUACGAUCGCUUCCGUCACCGUGAGAUUAAUUCCUGCAAUGUUCUGAAUGGAGCCUGGGUCUUCUUUGAGCAGCCAAACUACAGGGGACGUCAGUAUUUGUUGGAGAGAGGCGAGUACCGGCGCUUCACUGACUGGAAUGCCAUGCAUCCCAAUGUUGGCUCAAUCCGCCGUGUUCAGGAGUUUUAGGUCUUUAGACAAUAAUUUCUUAACAAUUUAAUAAAACUGUCAAUAAGC